AUGGAUAUAGACGUUCCUGCUGAAGCACAGCCUCAAGUUUCUCGUAUUGGAUCUAGUGCUGCUGAAGCUCAGCAGGCAAAUGCACCCGAAAACAUUAGUCACGUCAAGGAAACACUACCACACGGUCACUUGAAUCCACAGCACGUCGAGACUCAGGAUAACCCGCAAGCAGCUCUUGGUAUUCCUGACAACACGCAAGCACCUGGCGGUCCAGUGCCCUCUCCUGCGAAGGAAAAAGCUGCACCUGUCACGGACCCGCAACGAAAUGCGGCUACUGAUGCUCCGGUGAACCCUCCUGGUGACGUGGACACAAUACAACCGCCACCGAAUGCCGAUGAUGCAGAACGGUCAACCGGCAUGCCAACCGGGCCCCCUCGCGAAAUUUCUGGUAUGACAGAGCCAAGUAGCACCUUCGAUCAGUUCAGCCAGAUUUAUCCUGAGUACACUGGAAAUCGCAAGCAUUUUGAAAAUCUCUGUGGUCAGUUGGAGUGGCUCCGAAGGCAGGACCGUGGUCUUCACCCUUUUCUGUGGGAUGACUACAUCAUCAGGUCCAGGACUGACUACAGGAAAUACACGGAGGAGUGCGGCGACGAAGGUAUUGAUCCUCUCCCAUGGCACAAGUACUACGUGGAGUCAAUACCUAUGCCAAAAUUCAUCAAAGGGGUCAUGAACCCAGCCAUGCUGGAGAAGUUCUUUGUCGAGCAGGGUAGAUCUUUGAGACCAAUCAUCCACUCCAACAUCUCGCGCAUGGAGCACGUACCAGAGAGGAGUCUUCCUCCGACAUUCUCGCCGCCGGUCAACAGCGCCCCGGGAGGUAAGGACAAUCAGCGUCCCAAAAAGCCCAAGCGGCAGAAUAAGCGUAAGAAUGGGAAUCUACAGCAGGGUGUGGUCGGUUCACCGCUCCGACAUAACGCCAACCAGAUGCCCGCUCCCUGGACGACCACGACCCCUCUCCCGGCCGCGGGCCCUUCAUCCGCCUCCAAUCACGCUCAGACGGCGGCUACUUCCACCACCGCCGCGGAGCCAUUUCCUCAAAAGCCGCCUCAGCCCGCUCCUCCCGCUCCCGCUACCAGGCCGCCACCCAAGCCACCCGCCCCCACGGCCCACCAGUUGACCGUCCGCGGCGCUCAAAAUAACCCCCGACCUCCUCCAACCUCGGCAUCGGCCGCAAGGUCAGCACUGGCGGCAUCGUCAGCCCGUGCCGCGUCCGCAAAGCCGCCGCCUGCGCCGCCGCCAGCGCGGUCGGCUACGUCCGGUCCGCAGCAGACGGCGGCGGCGGCGGGUGCGGGAUCGGCCGCGAAGGGACUGCCUACCAUAACCAACCCCAACAAGAGGAAGAGGGACGGUGACGGCUCGCCGCCGCCACCACCAGCACGGCCGGCAUCAUCGUCGUCGACAAUGACGACAAAGGCUACCAAGGAGAAGCGGCCGAAUGGCAUGCCUGCUCCACCACCUCCAAGUGGUGGCGGUGGUGGUGGCAGUGGUGGCGGCGCCAAAGGGAACAAGCCGAGAAAGACCAUGUUCACGAUCUACAAGGAGAGGCGCAAAGCCGAGAACAGCAAGAAGUCCACGCCCGGUGGUAGUCGGGCUGGAAGUGUGGUCUAG